AUGAUUGAGUCCCAAACUUUUGCUCAUUCGGUUUCACCCUGGCUUCUCAAGUCGCCGAGAAAGAACCAAGGUCGCAUCCUCCGCUCAAAGAAAGUAUAUGGAAAACGACUUGAUUCAGCAAAUGCGGUUUUAGAAAGAGAUCAACUACCACUUCAGAGGAGGAAUGCAAACGCCAAGAUACAAGCCGUUGAUGUGACUGAAGUGGUCGCAGCACUCCAGGAGAAACUUGCUGGAUUUACUCUUGACGAAGAUCUCUUCAUCUCAGGCGAACGAAAUAUGGACCCGGACAUAGCACGCGAGAUAGAGCGUGCACUCCUAGAAAUAAGCGGACAACCAAUACAAGCUGUAUCAAAAAGGGCGGAAACGAAAAAAUCUCAGGAGCCAGCUGCUGAAGAGCACCAAGACCCUGUGGUUAUCGAACCAGUUAAAACCAAACAAAAACGAAUAGUGUCUAAGAAGGAAGCUCCGAAAACACAGCCACCAGUGCCAACGGAGAACGCCAUAACCAAAUAUGCAACGCCAAUACUGGAGGAAGCGAUGUCAAACAAGACUGUGGAUAACUUUGACACUUGGGCUAACCGGGCAGGUGAUAUGUUUGACGUUGAGAAAAUCUCAGAGGGAUCUUACGGCGAGGUCUAUCAACUACCUGUACGAACCGACUAUACGAAACGUGAACUAUCACAAACGAAUCUCAUGACAUUGAAAGAGUACGACAAUGGAGUCUUUAAAAUUGUUCCCCUUCGCGCACAGAGCGGUGCAGGAUCCAAAAAGUUUACUUCAAUUCAAGAGGUUGUGGCUGAAGUUCAGAUGUUAAAACUACUGGAUCCGAUACCUGGAUUUGCGAGAUUUAGAGAUGUUCAUGUGCAUCGCGAUCUUCACUUGGGAAAUAUAUGUAUUAAGUCCACCCGACCCAACGAAUCUCCGGAUGAGCCCUUCAAGCUACCAGAUAAUGUUGGUCCCGGUUUUGGAUUAAGUGGCAUGGAGACAACCAUUAUUGAUUACUCACUCUCCCGAGCCAGCAUAAAUAUGCACGACACAUCCAUGGAUGAAGAUACUGUUUGGUCGGACCUGGAUAAGAAAAAGUUGUUUGAUGCCAUCGGGCAAGAUGAUGAUGAGAAACUUCUUCGAGACACUUAUCGGCUGAUGCGCAGAGAGGUCUAUCGAGAUCAAGAUCCCGGCCAUUCUCGAAGCGAACCCUGGCGUUGGAAAGAGUCUAACCCGCGGACUAACUUGAUAUGGCUUUCAUUCGUCCUCACCAUGCUGCUUAGCAAAGGUCAAACUGAUGGCAUCCUGCCGGUACCGCAAAGCCAUUUGACACCCGUUUCUCCUAGAAGUACCAAUACUGGAAACGAGAAGCAGGGUGAAAACGACGAUGACACAGACAGCCUAGACAUCCAGCUUGAGUUACUUGACCGUCUACAGACCGUUUUGGAUGUUUUGAAUCCAGAGAAGGAGGAGGAGGAUGUACUACUCUGCGCAGGCGACCUGGUUGCAUUUGGUAUCGGGUCGCAAUGGUUGGUUGAGUCAGACUUUUUGUGCUGA